GGAUGUGAGGCUGCGGUUUCCGGGCAGGUCAGGUGACGCUGGGAAGAGGCCGCGGCCGCCGCGCGUCUCCGCCAUGGGCUGUUGCUACAGCAGCGAGGCCGACGGCGGCGAGCAGGACCGCGAGGAAGGGAAGCCGCUGCUAAUCCCAGUCAACAACCCGCCCAGUAAAUCGUCAGGGGGGGCCGACCACAACUACUCCAGUAUUCCAUCCUCCCGGUUUCCCGAUGAACAAGCUCUGCUCAACACUAUCCUCACCAAGACAGCGCAUAACAUCAUUGACGUGUCGGCCGCAGACUCGCAGGGCAUGGAGCAGCACGAGUACAUGGACCGGGCGCGGCAGUACAGUACGAGGCUAGCGAUGAUCAGCGGAUCGGCCCAGGGUAAGCGAGCGAGCACCCUGCCUACGUUAACCAACCAGCCCCACCAGGUGUUGGCCAGUGAACCUGUGCCCUACUCGGACAUCCAGCAGGUGUCUAAACUCGCUGCCUACGCAUCAAGUGCACUUUCUCAGAUCAAGGUGGAUGCCAAGGAGGAUCUGGUGGUCCAGUUUGCCAUCCCCUGACCUCCCGUCAUGGAGCAACCCACUCUGUGAAGACUCUAACACUGGGACUAACUCUCCACAGACCAUCUGCCCCGACAUCUCACCCACAAACCACCCCCUAUAUAUUUUUUUUUUAAGUUAAGCUUGUUUGAAUUUUUCCAUAUUUCCAUCGUUUUUUAUUUUUUGUUUCUUCCCCCCCCCCGUGUGGUUUUUGACACCGUGGCAGACUUUACGAAACACUUCGCCCGCUUUGUAAUCAGCGCCGCUGCUUCGAUGCUCUGCCGUUGUUCCGUGACGAAGGACGUGUCCGCUCCUCCAGCAGCCGUCCGUCUCGGACAGAAUUCAUCGGCUUUCUCUGCCCUGACGUUUCGUGUUGAACCUUGCCUGCUGCUGGUCUGUUUUUUGUUUUUUUUUUUGCAUUUUGUAUCCUAACAACAACGGCGUUUCUGAGGAUUCGUGAAACGCCAGAUUUCUGCUGAGCGAUGAUUGUUUUUUUUUUCCUCUCUCACCCCUUGUCUCUCUGGGGGGGGGUCUGGACUCAUGAGGCGUGUUGGCUGGUGUGAGAUGCUGCAUUACCGCCCCCUUGCCUGUUGUGUGUGUUUGUGAGUGUGUUUG